AUGGAUCUUCGUAUGAGAUCGGUUUUGCUUUUGAUCCUUACAGUGUUACCUCAAAGAACACUCUCGAUGAGGUACGAGCUUCAUUCUGGGCAAACGAAAUGCAUAGCGGAGGAUAUUCACGCAAACUCCAUGACCGUUGGCAAAUACUUCAUCGUAAACCCUAACGAAGAUCAUCCUCUUCCUUCUUCGCACAAGAUCAUCGUCAAGGUGAUGCCGCCACAAGGGACGGUGAUGAUGCACGAAGCAGAUAUGGUGGAGUCUGGUCAGUUCUCGUUUACUGCAUCUGAGACUGGUAAUUAUUAUGCUUGCAUCUCAGCCGUCGAUCAUAAGCCGGAGACUACGUUGACCAUUGAUUUUGAUUGGAGGUCUGGUGUUCACUCUGUUCACUCCAAGGAUUGGUCCAAAGUUGCCAAGAAGAGCCAACUCGUUAUGAUGGAAUUGUCGGUUAAGCGCUUAUUCGACACUGUUGAAUCCAUCCACGAGGAGAUGUUUUAUCUUCGGGAAAGGGAAGAAGAAAUGCAAGGACUGAAUAGAUCCACAAACUCGAAGAUGGCUUGGUUGAGUUUCUUGUCGCUCGGUGUUUGUUUAUCGGUUGCUGGUCUGCAAUUUUGGCACUUGAAAACUUUUUUCGAGAAAAAGAAACUCAUCUAG